AUGUCCCUCUCUGAAGCUGCAGCCUCCUUUCAACGGGAGGACACCCGUCGCGAGCUGGAUGUCUUCCGCGAGCAAUGGAUCUCGGAGCUGCGGCAGGACGAUGUUGCUAGUCGAGCGAUCCCCAGGAUACGAAAUAUCGAUGUGUCCAGAUCUACGACAGGCGAUACAUCAACAUCGCACGGUCCGGCCACGGCGCCAAUAUCAAAGCUGGACGAAGACGUGUUGUCUGCGAUCUUCUACGCAGUCGCGUCGCUCGAACCCGCUUCCGGCACUCCCGUUUUCUACGACGACAAGUUCACUCUCGCGGGCACCAAAGGGCUAGGAUGGAUUCGAUUGUCUCAUGUAUCAAGAGGAUGGCGGGCGUUGCUUCUGCGCAUGUCAGACGUGUGGGGGAGAGUGGUGUUUGCUCGUCCCUUUCGUGCACUUUUCCCCAUCCUACUUGCUCGUGCGCGGGAUGCUCCUCUACACGUGAUCACCAACCUCGCCGCGACGCAGUCAGAGGACGGGGCCACCUAUCUGUCCAGGGCUCGCUCUCUCGUGGUAUCAGGACGUUCCAACGGCAGAGCGCACGCGUUUCUGACUUCGUGUACGAUGCCGCAGCUACGAUACCUUAAGUUGUAUCUCGACAUCAAUGAUCGCCCUCCCCCCGCCGAGUCAUGGGCGGCUUUUCAAGACGAUGAGCCGCGCCAGCCAUUGCCCGCUGAAGCGUACUCUGGCGAAGAUGUACAUAUCGACGCUGUUGGGCUGGAAACUGCGAUCAUCGAACUUAUGCGCGAAUCCGAUAACCGUAUACGUAUUGGCGUCGCACCGGCACUGGCAGAUUACAGGUUGCCUCCUACCUUCGCCUUCAAUACAUCCUCUCUUCGCGCUUUGAGCGUGCGCAUAGGCGACAACGCGUUUCCACACAGUCGACAUCUCGAGUGGAUUGUAGCGCUCUUGCGCACUUCACCCCUUCUACAAUCCCUAUCCCUUUCUCUCGCAUGGCAAAUAUCGCCUUUCGACUGGAGCGUACUAGAUGAGGGGCCCUAUGAUCAGCUCCCUCAACUCCAACGUUUCACACUCGAGGAUAGCUCUGGAACCUGCCAUUCAGGCAUCAUUGGCCACCUGUGCACAUCGACCCCCGCCUAUUUUUCCGCGUCAUUUGGCACCUUCAACAGGUACCAAGGUGCUACACAGGAUCUAUUGCUCGCAGCGUCUGUACACUUUGCCAAGAGUUACGCGGCUUAUUUGUGCCGUCCUGGCCAUCGAACGCUCUGUAUCGCAAUCCAGGGUCAGCAGUCCCUAGCCAUCAAAUCUAUGCCUACAGUCGACGAUCCUAGCCUCGUCACUUUCCAGAGUGAUGUUGGCUCCGACAUCGAUCCGUUCUGGGCUCCCUUGCAACGUGAAGAGGGAACACUUCUCAGAAUCCGAGCUCGGAAAAUCCGCGACCCGUCCAUUGCGGAGUUCGAGUGGCUCAGUACACUCGCGGGAGACUUACCCCGUAAAGAGGAUGUCCAGCAUUUGCACCUCUACCUCUACUCAGGAAGCGUACUGGGAGACGAUUGGACUGACGUGUUCCGCGAGUACCUCCUGCGCCCGAUGAAGGCCGUACACACUGUUCACAUCAUCAAUGGCGGACCGUUCUUCCGAUGCAAGGCUUCAGACUGGAAGGCCCUAUCGCAACUCAUCUGCGAGCCCGCGGUGCCGGUUCUUCCCGCACUUCACACCUUGCUUAUUGGGUUUGACGUGCCGAAGGGGUUCGUACUCGAGGAGGAGGGAGAGGGAGAGAAGUUUGACGAUUGGUUUGACGGCCUUGCGAAUCUGCUCUCUCAGAGACGAGCGAAUGGCGUCGCACCGAACUCGUCGACAACGUCGUCGUCGACCGCCGUGCGCGAAUGCCACGACCGAAUCAAGCAGCAACUUGAAAGAAUAUCUGCAUGAGCGGGCACCUCGAAGAUCCUGAACGACGAUGAAACACGAGGGAGAUACUCACCGAUCCGAAAUGUCCCUGACGAUGUGCUAUGCGAGAUAUUCUAUACUGCCGCCUACCUUGAUCCUGCCCCGGGUUCGCUUUCGUCUCGCUCUACGGAUAUCAUCGGGGCUGAUACGAUGGGCCUCGGAUGGAUACGACUUACGCAUGUCUGCAAGAGGUGGCGAACCCUCCUACUGGAACUAUCGAUUCUCUGGGGCAAAGUUGCAUUCACCUUCCCGUAUUACCGCGCUCAUGCAACGCUUCUUGCUCGCGCGGGGAGUGCUGCGGUAGACGUUCUCGUCAAUCAACGCAGUGCUCUCUGGGCAGGGACUAUGCUCGAGUGUAGGCCACGAGUGGAGCUGUUGAGUGUGAUGAGCGUUAAUCAUCAUGCCCUGUCCUCAUUCUGCGGAAAGUCGAACCCUUUGCCUAAUCUACGUCAAUUGCGGUUGCAAUUUGAGUACGGUCCUCAAAUACGCAAUCCUGCUGGAUCCCAGAAUGGUGAUGGACCAUCUGUAUACAUUGAUGCCCCGCGGCUGGAGCAUGCGUAUAUAUUAUUCAAUACAGCACCAGUUUUACGCGGGACUAGCAACAGGCAUCCACUUCCAACCUUCCAUUUCGACACUCCAUCACUGCGUCAUCUCGACGUAGAGGUAUCUGAAAGCGGGAAUGCCCUUUUUGGGACCACUUUGCACGACCUGAGCUGGCUCAUAGGCCUCCUGCGCGCAUCGCCGCUCUUGGAGUCCUUGGUGUUUACGCUGCAGCUACGAACCAGUUCCCACGCGCCGGACUGGACGGAGCUAUUUCAAGGGCCACACAUACACCUCCCACACCUGAAGCGCAUGACGUUGGUCAACACCUCGAACACCCAUCUCCACCCUUUCCUAAGGCGCCUAUGCGCGGUCCCUCCUGCAUACUUAUCUGUGUCGUUCGGGAAGGUGGCCGAUGGAAUGGAUGAGCUCGUUCGCCCACACCUAGCCGAUUGGGCUAUCAACUUUGCCGACAGAUACGGGCGUCAUCUCUGUCGAGCCGGUCAUGGUGCUCUCACCCUCGCCACACAACGGGAGGCCGGUUCGCUAUUCAUACAGUCCAUGCCCGCCCUGAGCGACCCGGCAGAUUUCGUCGAUGUCUGGCUCAGGUCACAAUCCGGGUUAUCGGAUGAGCACCUCGAACACUCUGAACUCGCCGACGCCGUCGGUCUCAACAUAGUUACGCCGGCGAACGCCGAAGCGGACGAUGUCGAUGCUCAUCGCUGGGUCUCCGUCUUGGCAGAGCGCAUCCCGCCAGAGGGCCUUCAUGACAUCGAGCAGUUGUUUCUGCGUAUUCGGGUCGAGUACCUUGCCGCGUGGGAAGACAGCAUAGGCACAUACCUUUUGCGGCCAUUGACGAACGUCCAUACGCUCUACCUGCUACAGCCGGAGCCAUUCCACCACGUAGAGAGGUCCAUGUGGAAAGACACGGUGUCACGUAUGCUCGGCGAAGCAGAUCCUCCACUUCUACCUUCGCUCUCUACACUCGUCGUCAGCAUGGAGGUGCACAGAAACCCUCCUUCCGUGUUCAGCUUACGCGAACGGCUGGAUGAGUGGUUUGAACGCCUCAUAUCUCUACUCUCCAAGCGGCGGGCGGCGCGAGUCCCUAUAUUCAUGCUGCGUAUUCUGGGAUGUUGGCCCUCGAGGGACGUGAGGGAUUCGGUUCAAGCUCAGACGAUCCGCCAACUUGAGCGCAUUGCCCGGAUUGUGGACGUCGUCGUGGAUGAGCGGGUUGUGAAGAAGUGA